CUGUAUAUAAUUUUUUCUCUCAUAGAAUCUCAGUGCCUACACAUUUUAUAUACAUUUUGUAUUUUACUUACGACAUACUGCCAAACUUGCAUUAUUAUAUAUUUCAGCACGCAUUGUUGUCUCCCCGUUCUCGAUCCCCUGACCUCCCCCCCACCCCAUCGAGCUCCCCCCAUACGUGCAUACACACGCACCUAAUUAUAUAAAUAAACGCAUGCAUUAUACAUAUAUAAGUAUACUGUGCGCUCGUGGCCCACUAUAAACGCAUAUCGUUCUCAAAGUGAAAGACUGCGUUCUCUGAUACAUGCAUAUAGGAGAAAAAGAAGGAUGAUGGAACGAGCAAAGAGCACAGAGCUCAUAGGAUGCAUAUCUGCAUAGACAAACAAUAGGCUUUUCCGAGUUUCCGAGACUCUGCGUCUUGCGCCGCUGAUGCAAAGGACGCGAGAGAGGUCAGGCACGAGCACGCGCAGACGUCACGCCACACCGUGUGUGUUCUAUACUUAUAUGAGCCGAGCGAGCAGACGACGUCGUCGAACGUAUACGACGAAACCGCGAACAUAGCCUCUUUUGCACUGAUGCUAUCAUUCUAAUCGAGCGGAAAAUCACGGACGAUGCUCGGUAAAUGACAGCGAAUCUCGUAAUUCUAUAAAGACCCUAAAGAGCGCAGUGUAGAAGGGGCAGAGCUAAUAUAUAUCUAUACACGCGCAGUAGUUCUUCCGCUCCGCGUUCGCGCGCUCGAGACACUCCGGAGAAUCGUGAAGAUCUACUCGGCGUCGCGCUGCGAAGAAACCGAGUGCUCCAAGUCCAAGUCCGUAAUACUCACAGCCCAGAGUAGCCGAGGAAGAUUCCUGCGUGGACGACGCACACGCGAGGGCUGCCUGCUGCCGCUGCCGCUCGAGAGCCGAAAUAGAGCGGGGGCUCGAAGCCGCAUGUAACACGAGCCGCCGAUGCCCAAUAUAGUGCUUUCUCUCGCGCGAUUAUUUUAGAAUCACUACUACGACGUCGGGGAGAGAGCGAUUUUCUCGUUCCGGACGUGCCUCGCUCCUUUUCUUGGCACCGGCCUUCCUGCGCGCGCGAACCGACAUAGCGAGAGAGAGAAAAAAACAUUUUCGAGCCGGCCAGUUCGCCAGCAGAAUCGCGCGCUCGCUCCCAUAGGCAGAAGAGAUUCUCCCUGCUGCUGUGACGACGUUGGAACGUUUUUACGCGACUGAGGCUAGAACCAUAAAUCAGUGAUCUCCUGCUGCUGCUGCUGCUGCUGCACGAGUAAACAAGACUAUUUUUAAGCUGUUGCCAUGUUGUCGUAUUGCUCUACGCACUAGGUUUUCCCACUUUAGAGUUAUUUCAGAAGUUGAGUAGCCCUCUUCCAUACUGCCACAGGGCUACCAAACUUUGCAAGGGGUAGCUGCACCCAGAGGCUAAUUUUGGAAGCUCUCCGAGUUUUAAGUGCUAUUUUGGUACUUCCAAAAGAGUGUGUCAAAGGGCAAGGCUAGUACGGGGAAGCGUCCGCUCUGUGGGAGCACUGCCAGUUGGCUGAGAGCUGCCUUACGAGAAACAGAGGCAUGCAGACAAACGAAUUUUCUUUGAUUCUCUGCUCUCUGUGGUGAAGACAGUGCAAACAACUCUGACGAUAGCGUUUGAGAAGAAUCAUUGACUUUUGAUCGAUAUUAAACCAGUGCUCAAGAUGGAAGUUGACAGUGCCCAAACUAUUCCCGAUGGGGUGAAGAAGUGCGUUGCCAUGCUAAAAAUGGUCAAUGGAGAUUCUGAGAAAUUCGCUGCUCUUUUCAUGGUGACUAAAUUGGUUAACGGAAAAGACUGCUCAUCUGCUGCUAAGAAGCUACUGUUCGAGGCUAUUGGUGCAAAGUUUAUCAGAAAGUUAUUGAUGAGUGACGACGUUCCUGUAGAUUGCCCACCUCAAGUUUACAAAUCAGUGGCUUUGUCUAUUCUUACUGCAUUUUGUGAUGAUCCAGUACUGGCAUCCCAUCCUGAUAUGAUUGGACACGUACCUGCCCUUUUGGAAAUUGUUUCUCAAGCCGACGAAGAUGCUCCAGAUGAUACCUUGAUUAUCGUAAGUGAGGCUUACAGAUGCCUACAGAGUAUUGCUCAAUAUUAUCCUGGACAAAAAGCACUGAUCGAGCAGAAAGCUAUUCCCAAAAUGUGUGAAAUUUAUGCUGAAAAGAGCUUUAAAACCGAUGAGGCGUUAAAUAUUUUAGUAACCCUAGCUAACCAGUUUGGACCAGAGGCAUGGGAUGCAACUGAUACUGCACCCUUCCAUGCCAUUGUCAAUAAGGUUGCCUUAGACUUUGAAACCGAUAACGAUGAGAGGAAAUUCCAACUCUGUACAAUCUUGCAAGCCCUACUCUCUUCUUGCAGGCGAGAUAUUAUUUCCAAAAGUGCAAGCAAUGAAUCUUGGCCUCAAAGUAUUCACAAAGGCCUGAAUGACAUUCUUGGAUCAAAAAUUGGAAAAAAUCAAAGAGAUCCUGCACUGAAACUUGCAUCCGUAACUCUGGAGUUAUUGGGUGUGGAGUGGGCUUUGUCUGAUGAAGAGAGACCCAAAGUUUUCUUCUUGUUACUAAUUCAGUUAGCUUCUAUUGAAGUAAGAAUGCAGCUCGAGGGAAAGCAAAUAAAGACUGUGAUGGCUAAUGCUGAUCUCAUUGUAGCUUGCUUUAUGAUUUUGGAGAUCUCUUUAUCUUACAUUAUAACUGACCAGCUAGAUAUGGAGCAAAAAGAGAAACAAUCUCUCUAUACUGCAUUGAAAGGUGCAUUUGCUGCUGUGAUUGGCUUACUUACAUCAGUGUCUAAAAUGAAGGAACUCACGGAUGUUAAGGAACGUAUAUUUGUCUGUGCCAUGGUAAGAGUUUUAGCAGCUUGGCUUGCUCAAGAAACAUCAGCGAUGCGUACCCAAGUUCAUGCUCUGCUGCCAUACAUCUUGACCGUUGCAAACGACACAUUCUAUGCACAUCGUAAUAAGAAACUAGCGGAGAAAGCUAAGCUUGGAGCCAAAGCCGACGAAGGCUCUUCUUCUGCAGAACCUGUUAAACAUGACCCUCUCAGUGACAUCGACGUUUUAAGACUGUUGUUGCCGGCCCUUUGCCAUCUUGCAGUUGAGGAAGAUGCAAGAAAAAUACUGCUUAAGCAUAAGCAAGAUGAAGUUUUGUUUGAGUGUUUGUCAUAUCAUUGGACCAUCGUACAUUACAAGAAACCACCAGUACCAAAGGCAGAUCGACUUAAGGCGCUUAAAGAACCUGCCAAAGAAUUGGAACCCCAUGUUCUUGAAGAAAUGGCAGAUUCAAGAACUGCCAUGGUAUCUAUCUGCAAUGUGCUUAUGAAUAUCACUGUAUUGGAGGCGAAACUGGUUGAGGAAUCUCCAACGUUUAUCAAUUUGCUUAAGUUUAUAUUUGAUAGCUUGCCAGAGCUGAAACAAAUCCCGGAAAAUUUAGUAUUGCACGGUAAUUUAGCCGUUCUUGGACUGUUAUUACUGAAGCAGCAGGCCAAACGUAUAAAAAAGAAUGACUUCUCGAUUUGCCGUUACAUCCAAGCAACCAUCAGAUUCCUGUGGGAUGCUUACAUCGUAGACGAGAGCAAUGAUCCAACAGAAUUGGUCGUCAAUAUUUCGUACAAGGAGCAUUGGAUGGAAAUAAUGGAAUUAUGGUUCUUGGGAAUGCAAACAAUGGCAGGUGUUCUGCAAAUGGUUCCUUGGCUCUCAGAGUUUGCGAUAGAGUCUGGCUGGGCCGAAGGCAUAGUCGAUACCUUGAAGAAAGUCAAGAUCGGGGGACUGCAGCCAAAUGUUAAGUCUGCAUUCGAAGAUUUAUUAUGUCACCUGGUGAAGGCUGAUAAAAGCGUGGCAUCCGUACUCAAGAAAGCAGGUGCAUUGACCGUCUGCAGAAAUCAUCGCAUGAUGGAAUUGGGAAAGAAUUUGUUUGGAGAUUAAAUUUGAAUUUGUUCAUAUAUAUAUAUAUAUAUUUCGUAAUAUCAAAUGUACAGUAUAACUGAUUUUAUUAUAUUGUCAUUGAAUAAAAGUAUGAAGAGUGUGCUUUCAUUAUUAUCGAUAUAAGUUCAAUAAUGCCAAAAAAAUUGUGUAGAAUACGUAAACUUUGUAUUUUGUAUAAAAAAAAAAGACAAACCAGAUAAAUAAAUUUUCAUUCGUAACAUUUUUUAUAUUAUUCCAGCAAAAAAAUAGAGACAGAUUAAUUUAGUUGGUCUAAAAACCCGUUUGGUUUAUGAGGAAAACAAGGUCUGUUGACAAACUAGAAUUCAAAACAAUUUUUAUAUUUAUAACGUAAAAUCUCGCGUCUCAUAAUAGGUGAUGAUCAGAUCAGAGUCCAGUGUCGUAUAGGUAUUAUAAUUAUAAAAGUCAGUGAGAUGGGUGACAGAGAUGCUCGUGACUCUGAUGUAUAUUUAGAGAACAUCACACCUGAAAAUAGUAUCCUGGCAUCGGACGACAAGCUUCACCUUUUAGUUUCUUAGGGAGCGUCAUACGUAUAUAAUACUGUUAAUGCCUUAUUUCAUUGUGCAUGAAAAGAAAAACAAGUUUUCUGGCACUCGUAGCAAAAGGAAAUUAAUGCAAAGUGCCUUUGAUGUUUUUUAUUUUUUUCUAUGCUGGGAUAAUGAUACACGAAAUUAUAAAAAAAAAGAAAAGAAAAAACUUUACGAAUUGUAAUAAUAUAAUGACAGUAUAUAUAUAUAUAUAUAUAUAUAUAUAAAACUGUUUAUGUUUAUUCGUCGUUAAGCAUUUGUAUUGAUGGAAGAGAUUUUUAAUUAAAUCUGUAUAAUUUCAUAAA